AUGCAUUUCGCGUAUCCGCCUCGCAAAAACUCCAACCCGCCGCCCUUCCGGCCCAGGUCGGCGAGGCUUCCGCUACUACGGAGGAGCCGGUUGAGAAUGAUUGCUCUGGUGUGUCUGGCCUGUGUGGCGGCAGCAUACUUCCUCUUCGGACCCAGCAAGCCAAGCUCUUACCACGAACGCGUGCCGUCCGGCUCUCCGCCUGUGGUGCUGGUGACAGUAAUUAAUCCAACCACGUGGGACAAUGCCUACCUCAAGACUGUCAGGGAGAACCGCGAGACGUAUGCGGCAAAACACGGAUACGAGGCAAUGGUUGUCAAGGCGUUCGACUACGACUCUCACGGCGCGCCUCCGUCCUGGACCAAGAUCGUGGCGAUGCGCCACGCGCUUUCCAAGUAUCCUGACUGCAAGUUCAUAUGGUAUCUAGAUCAGAACGCCUUCAUCAUGGACCCAAACAAGAGCCUCGAGGCCUUGGUGCUUGAAACCAAGACGCUGGAAGGCCUCAUGAUCAAGGACUAUCCAGUCGUGCCCCCCGACAGCAUCAUCAAGACCUUCUCGCAUCUCCGUGGGCAAGACGCCGAUUUCAUCGUCAGCCAGGACAAGGAUAGCCUGGUGCACUCGAGCGUGAUUCUGAGGAACGGGGAGUGGUCCAAGUUCUUCCUCGAGACGUGGUACGAUCCGCUUUACAGAAGUUACAACUUUCAAAAGGCCGAGCGGCAUGCACUGGAACACAUUGUACAAUGGCACCCGACGAUUCUUUCAAAGCUUGCCCUCGUUCCACAAAGGACAUUUGCUGCGUACUCCAAGGCAGAGCUCGGCGACGCCUACCAGAAAGGCGACUUUGUUAUCAUAUUCCCCGACUGCAAGCAGACGGGGCCCCAUAGCUGCGAAGCGGAGUCGAAGCGGUACUUGUCCGACUGGAGAGGCGCUUUAGGCCUGCGCUGA